AUGGAGGCGGGGGAGCCGCUGCGGGACCUGCGCGGCGCGCUGCGUGCGGUGCUGAGCCGGAUCCGAGAGGGCGAACCGGGCCAGGGCCGCGAGCCGUUCGAGCCGCCGCGCUUCUGGGACGCGCUAGGUCAGGCAUUCAAAGUAACGUCACAGGAAGCUACCAAGCUUAGUCUGGCGUUCUCAAGGUCUCCACUGACUUCUGCAGAGGAUUGCCAGAAGCUGGGUGAUGAUGUCCAAAGUGCUAUUCUUGCAGUUGCCACAGUGUACUACUGGCUCCCCAAGAGCCAAGGUACUACUCUUCGGAAGAUGGUACGAGAUGCUACCACUGAAGUAGUGGAAGGAAUGAUCCAACUCAUAGAGACAAUUCUCAGCUCUCCAUUGGAAAGCUUGUCUCAGGAGCAGCUCAUAUCAACAGCUGGUGUGUGGGAGGCUUGUGAGCAAGUGUCCAGCCUGCCACGAGAUAACCAGGCAGCAGUUGCAUCAGCUCUGGCUGCAUGCCUAGGUGUGGUGAAGGAUGCUGUGAAGGAGAUGGAACAUGCUCUGGUGGAAGGGCAAGACCCCUACAGUGACAUCAUGGAAGAUGAAGAGCUGGGCUUUCGGGGUAACAGAGAUACUUACUGGUCAGAGGCUGACAGGAAACUGCUCAGCUCCUGCAUGGGAUUGAUGAAGGCUUCUAAAGCUUGCCUGAAGAAGAUCUUAGGUGCAGUGAAGGCUUAUGGCAAAGCUGAUUCUCCAGAGCAGAUCACUCAGCUGGAUGAUCUCGCCGACAUUGCUCAUCAGAUCAGUCCAAGCGUGGAUGAGCUUGCCCUGAGCAUGUAUCCCCCUGUGAACCAGCUGGCUGUGAGGCUCAAUGCUGCAAAGUUGGCCUCGGUAUUAAAGAAAGUCUUGGAGAUUACCAAGACAAGCCAUGUAUGUCCAGCAUCAGAGGAAGGCUGGGUGCAGUUUCUAACUGGUGCAGUAGAUCACAACAUGAACAAAAUCAAGAACUUAACACAAGGUCAACUUUAGCUCUUCCCUCUCUGCAUUGAUGCUGCCAGUGGCUCUGCCAUUUGUUUCUCCAGUGACUCUUGCUGUUCUCCAGCUGCUGGGAGAAGGAUGGGAGCAAUGUUUUUAGGAGAGGACUUUACUGCCACUUGGUCAAAGUCUCCCAGGAAGUUGCUGUGUUUGCUGUUGCAGAAGGUGGCAUUUUGCUUGGAUUUCUGGGAUGGUGCAGUCCUGCAACUUCAUACAACUUCAGACAACUGCUGUGGGC